UACCGGAAGCAAGCACAGCUCAUAUGUUUCACAACCUGCACAAAUUCAGCCAGCCAUCUUUUGUGGAAAAAUCAUUUGUUUCGUGUCGUCAGGGUAAAUUUCAUAAUUGUAAUUAAUGUCAGAGCCACAGUCUUCGCUUUUAUUAAAAAAGCAACUAGCAGAACUGAACAAAAAUCCAGUAGAAGGUUUUUCUGCUGGGUUGAUAGAUGACAAUGACAUUUACAGAUGGGAGGUACUUAUUAUUGGCCCACCCGACACAUUAUAUGAAGGUGGAUUCUUUAAGGCACAUUUACAUUUUCCAAAAGAAUACCCUUUGAGACCACCGAGGAUGAAGUUUGUCACAGAAAUUUGGCAUCCAAAUAUUGAAAAGAAUGGUGAUGUAUGCAUAUCAAUACUACAUGAGCCAGGAGAUGACAAGUGGGGCUACGAAAAAGCCUCUGAGAGAUGGCUGCCCGUCCACACAGUGGAAACUAUUCUCAUUAGUGUUAUUUCUAUGUUGGCUGAUCCAAAUGAUGAGAGUCCUGCUAAUGUUGAUGCAGCUAAAGAAUGGAGAGAGAGGUAUUCGGAUUUCAAAAAGAAAGUUGCCAGAUGUGUUAGGAAAAGUCAAGAAGAUUGUUUUUAGGAUGGAGAGAAAUUUUUACAACAGAGUCAUGUUGAAAAAGGGCCAUGAGACACCAUUAAGACACAUAUUAUGUAUUUAACAUUAGGUUGCACACUAGCUGGCGUUAAACCAAACUGAUAGUAGUAGCUGUGUGCUCAUAUACAUUCUUUUUACAGAAGGAAUGGAGAGAAUCAUAUUCGGAGUUUAAAAGAAAAGUAGCGCAGUGUGUGAGAAAGAGCCAGGAGGAUUGUUCUUAAAUAACAGUGCCCUUUUUCAUUUAUUUAUUUGGAUAGUGAGUGUUGGGUGAAACAGUUUGGGCAUCUUUGCAAUUGCAGAGACUCGCCAUGAUAUAGUGCAAGCCCCACCAUCUGGGCCAGAGACAAUAUUGAAAUUGAUUUAAAAUAAAUAAUUAUUGUAAUUAAAUGGUAUCGCUGCCGUAUUUUAUAAAUAAUAAAUUAAAGGUAGAACUUGAGGUCUUUUUCAUCUUUUUUAAGACAUGUUAGCUAGCUAUUGUUAUAAUUGAAUGGUGUAUGAUAUUUUUUUUUCUACAGAAAACGAAUCUGCAUUAAAGAUUACUCUGUCGAUCUCUUUAUAGUAAACCAAAUUUUAACAGUAAUAUUAAUUAUUUCUCUUAGUAAAAAUGUUUUUGUAAACAUGACUGUCAGUCACAUCAAACAACAAAAAAUUGUAAAAAUGUUUUUGUAAAUUUUUAAGUUACCAUAGUUUAUGUAAUGUUUCAUUUCAAGAUCAGUUUCUGGAAUAUAUUUUGUGUUGCUAGUAGUGAAAUGAAAACCAAUUAUAUCAAUGAAUAAAUGCAAAUUUUGUAAAAUUAUCUUUUUAUAAAAGUAUACCUUGCCCAUACUCUGCACUUAAGCAUAUGCAGCACAGAUAAGAUAUGUUAUGAUGUUAUAAUAAUAUAUAAGCUAUUUUAUAUAUUUGAAAUAUUAAACUUAUUUUUGCAGCAUAAUCAUUGCUUCAAGUAUUUGAAUUGAUUUCAUAUUUAACAAUGUAAUGUUAUGGCAACAAUAAAUGGGUGAUUGAUAAAUAUGUGGCAUAAUAUGGUUAUUGUCACUAAUAAAAAUAUUCAUAAAAAUCCACAAUUUCACUUGCCUAACUGUUAUUUUAGUUUUAACUAUUGCCAUGGAAGUAGAUAAAAUAUUAUAUCUUCAAUAAUAUCAAUGGUUCCUUUAUAGAUUGGAAUUAUUAAUCAUAAAAUUAAAUGUAUUAAUCAACUGAAAAUAUUUAUAAUUAUGCCCUGAAAUAUUGAUUUGUGAAGUGUGUACAUUAUUUACUUGUAUGUAUAUUUUUACUAUAAAAUCAUAAUGCAGUGAAA